UUUUCGUGUCUGCAGUGGGACGCCAUUAAUGAGAUGGACGAAUAUUUUACCCCUAUUCACACAUACCAGGUGUGUAAUGUGAUGAGUCCGAGUCAGAACAACUGGUUACGGUCCGGUUGGAUCCCUCGAGAAGGAGCCAAGAGAAUCUACAUCGAGGUGAAGUUCACCCUGAGAGACUGCAACAGCAUGCCUGGAGUUCUCGGUACCUGCAAGGAAACCUUCAACUUGUACUACUUUGAGUCUGACAGAGCUGUGGGCUCAGCCGUACGCGACCGCCAGUUCAUAAAGAUUGACACCAUUGCUGCAGACGAGAGCUUCACAGGAGUGGACCUGGGAGUUCGCAGACUUAAGCUCAACACUGAGGUAAGAGGUGUCGGCCCCUUGAGCAGACGAGGUUUCUAUUUGGCUUUCCAGGACAUUGGUGCCUGCAUCGCCCUCACCUCGGUGCGGGUGUACUACAAGCGCUGUGUGGGCGUUAGCCGCAAGUUGGCAGUUUUUACAGAUGUGGUGACGGGGGCUGACUCCUCAUCGCUGGUGGAGGUCAGGGGUCAGUGCGUGGACCAUGCAGAGGAGAGAGAUACUCCUAAGAUGUACUGCAGUGCAGAAGGCGAGUGGCUUGUGCCCAUUGGGAGGUGCGUGUGCUCAGCUGGCUUUGAAGAGCACAGAGAAUCCUGUAUAGCCUGUGAAGUGGGUUUCUAUAAGCCAGUGGCAGGUGAUGGGCCAUGUGGUAAAUGUCCUCAGCACAGCCACUCAGAGACCAGAGCUGCAGUCUCCUGCCCAUGUGACUCCAACUACUAUAGGGUGGCAGAUGACCCAUCAGCUGCUCCAUGCUCCCGCCCUCCAUCUGCUCCAGUAAACAUCAUCUCUUCAGUCAACGGGACCUCGGUGAUUUUAGAGUGGGACCGUCCUCUGGAUACAGGGGGACGCAGUGACCUGCAAUACAGCAUACUGUGCCAGAAGUGCUCAGUGGAAGGAACCUGUGAAGACUGCACAGCUUCUCCUGGAGGCAGCAACGGGGGGAAGGUGGGUGGGGGGGCCAGCAUUGGCCUGGGCGGAGGAGGCCUUGUGGAGCGCUCUGGCAGUGCGGCCGUUAGAUUCAUUCCUCGUCAGAGCGGUUUGACGGAGUCUCGAGUGACGGUGCUCAACCUGGUGGCCCAUACCAACUACUCCUUCCGGAUCGUGGCCACAAAUGCCGUGACACACCUGAGCAAUGAGGUGCCGCCUUAUGCUACGGUCAACAUCACAACAAACCAGGCAGCCCCGUCUGAAGUGUUAUCGAUCCGUCAGGAAAACACAAGCCAGAGCAGCGUGACUCUGAUGUGGCAGGAACCCGACCAGCCCAAUGGGGUCAUCCUGGAGUACGACAUCAAAUACUACGAAAAGGAUCACGAAGAACACAGUUACAGUUCUCUGAAGUCUAAAAACACCAGCGCUCUUGUGUCAGGACUGAAGCCCGGCACAAAGUACAUCUUCCAGGUUCGUGCCAGAACCUCAGCCGGCUGUGGACGGUUCAGCCAGAACAUCGAGAUCCAGACUGGAAAAGCAGCUCCUUUGCAUUACAACACAAUGACCAUCAUUGGGAUCUCAAUGGCCCUGGUGUUUGGCCUUGUCACUUUCUUGGCCAUCAUCCUCUGCAGGAAACGGCAAGGCUACACUUUACCACACUACCCUUCGCUGCUGCACUGCGGCUACAGCAAAGCAUUCCAGGAAUCUGAUGAGGAGAAGAUGCACUAUCAGAAUGGUCAUGUAUCAUUCCCUGAUUCACGGUUCUAUAUCGACCCACACACCUAUGAGGACCCCUGCCAGGCAGUCCAUGACUUUGCUCGAGAAAUUGAAGCAUCCAGGAUCAAAAUAGAAAAAAUCAUUGGUUCAGGAGAGUUCAGAGAGGUUUGUUACGGACGCAUGAGGCUUCCGGGGAAACGAGACAUCCCAGUGGCGUUGAAAACGCUGAAGGCAGGGUACACAGAGACACAGAAGAGGGACUUCUUGGCAGAAGCCUCCAUCAUGGCCCAGUUUGAUCAUCCAAACGUUAUUCGGCUUGAGGGGGUGGUAACUCACAGUAAACCGGUGAUGAUCGUCACAGAGUACAUGGAGAAUGGCUCUCUUGACGCCUUCCUAAGGAGGCAUGAUGGCCAGUUCACCAUCAUCCAGCUGGUUGGCUUGCUGCGCGGCAUUGCGGCAGGUAUGAGCUACCUGUCUGACCUAGGAUACAUCCAUCGGGACCUAGCCGCCCGCAACAUACUGGUCAACAGCAACCUGGUGUGUAAGGUAUCAGACUUUGGCCUGUCCAGGGUUCUGGAGGAUGACCCAGAAGCUGCAUACACCACCAGUGUGAGUUUUCACAUUGAGGGUGGAAAAAUCCCAAUUCGAUGGACGGCUCCCGAGGCAAUUGCAUACAGAACGUUUUCCUCCUCCAGUGAUGUGUGGAGCUAUGGUGUGGUUAUGUGGGAAGUAAUGUCCUAUGGAGAGCGGCCAUACUGGAAUCUCACCAACAGAGAUGUUAUUAAAUCUGUGGAAGAGGGCUACAGGCUGCCUGCCCCUAUGGGCUGCCCGGGUGCUCUACACACACUUAUGCUGGAUUGCUGGCAGAAGGAUCGCAAUGAGAGACCACGCUUUUGCCAGAUAGUUACUAUCCUCGACAAGCUGAUCCGCAACCCGGAAAACCUGAAGUCCAUUGAUACACUCUGCAGUUUAAGCAGUCCUCCGUUGAUGGACAGAGCUAUCCCUGAUUUCAACAGCUGUAACUCAGUGGACGAGUGGCUGGAAAUGAUAAAAAUGGGCCGCUACAAGGAACGCUUUGCAGAGGGAGGCUAUCACACUUUGGGACACGUCAUAAGCAUGAAGCAAGGGGACAUCCAGAGGCUCGGCGUGACACUGAUGGGUCAUCAGAAGAAGAUCAUGACCAGUGUCCAACUAAUGAGAGCACAAGUCCUAAACAAGAGUGUUUCAUCCGUCCAUGUAUAACUUCAGGUUUCUAACUGCAUUAGAGACCAAAGCUUUUCUAAGACUGACAAGGAUUCUUUGAGAAACCAGAGAAGAUGGAAGAAGAUGCUAUUAAGGAACUUCCGAACGUUUUUUAAAACAAAGUGUACGAAUAAGCAAGGAAAUGCAUUCUUUGGGACCUACUUUUUUUUGUUGUUUUUGUUUUGUUUUUUUUCAACUGAAUUGAAUUUGAACACUGAAAAUUCUGCCUUUAUUACUACAUAUUCUAAGUUUCUUCUUUACAAUGAAAUAAUUAUUUAUUAUUUAUGUAUCUGAGGAUUAUGUAGCAACAGGCAGGUUCUUUAAAAACUGCAAUAAUUUUAAAAGUAUAUAUCUCUGAAUGAAGAAAAAAAGGGAAAGAACAUCCAUCAGUGGUUUAAAAGAAAUACUUUAUCCCAGGCUUUUUUAUUCCAACAAACGUCUCCUCUGAUCAUGUUGCUUCUACCACUAGGUGCCCCCCCCACCCCCGCCCCGAAAACUGGUCAUCUUGCAGCUGCAUGGCGCACAAUGAUUGUACUUGCAAAAUGUGUAUGAUUGAAAUAUAGAGCACUUUAUUCUA